GUUUAGGAAACGACAAAAACAAAUCGAACGACACUAGCCGCAACCACUCCUUCGUACACUUUCCUCGCGUAUUUUGACACCGCGGGGCUAAUCGUUUCACUUUUGCGGCGCGCUGUCAAGUCCCGAUAAGUUGUAGUUGUAGUACGUGCGUGUCGAGCAAGCGAAAACAAGCAAAAGUAAGAAACCGGUGCACCGACACACGCGAGAGAAACAACGCAGUUGAGAGCCCAGGGAGCCCGAGGCCUCCCAUAAUGCGCCGGCGGAGAGUAGGGAGAGGGUGGGCCGGUUUUGUACGCGGAACAUAAUAAAAUGCCACGGAAGAAGUCGGCGAAUGGGCUCAGUCGCGAUUCUUUGAUAGGAUGAGCGUGGUUUGUAAUGUUUUCCUACAGUCGAUACAACGGACUGCUGCGCCCCGUGUGUUGAAAGUGGUGUUUGUGACAGCUCGCCAAGAACAAUAUAGUGACGGAAAAGGAGGCACCGAGGCUGUUCCUUGGUGGUGCGCCUAUAUCGGGUGUCCCAAGGGUAGAUGACCCACACAAACGCGACGACAACAGUUCUGCGCGAAGCAAACGACUGGAUGACUUUCGGGCGUUGGUGAAGCAUCUGCCUUCUAAGAAGCUAGUGCCACUACAGAGCCCUCAACGAAUGCUGCUUCCUACAGACCCGCACAGUCUGACCCGAAGGUGCGCCAGCACCCUUCGUGCAGCGACUGGUUACUGACAGCGUGGGCAUGGGUGUCGGCUGCCAUGGCAGGCGGCUACCGUUACUCGGCUGCAUUAGACAAAACGUACAUGGAGCAACGUUGGGUGCCACCUAGCACCCCGACCGUCCAGCCCGUGCGCACCGUGCCCAUAAUUCGGGCAACGCCUGCGCCCAGCGCCUCCGACCCACUGCGAUUCAUCAAGAUUGGACAGGCGCCCCUGGGCAAACAGGCUCGUGAGCAGCUUCAGGCCUACGAGAGCAGCGUGCGCAACCACGUGCAGGCCAAACUUGACGAGCAGGAGGAGCAGUGGCAAACGAACCUCGACGAGUGGAAGAGCAGACGGAGGAAGGCAUCGGAGAGGGCCUUUCAAAGAGUGCAAGACGCCAAGCAGCUUUUUCCCGACGACGGACGGAAGGAACCGGAGCCGGAACCAACGCUGACCACUAGCACAGAGUUACUGUCCGAGUACAGCACACGGGAAGAGUUCAUACCUUCCAAUAAGGCAGCCCGUCCAGCCCCAGCUGCCCGCCCGUCAACAAAAGGCCCCAAACCGCCGGUGCCUCCAAAACCAAUGGCAGAGCUGAGGAGGAAAGAGUUCCUGCCCAAUGCUGAGACAGGCGAGCAGGACAGUGGCAGGCAAGGUGCUCCGGCAGAGGCCACGUUGUCGGUUAGCGGCCGCAAACUUUGCUCACACUGCAAUCAGCCUCUAGGUCAUGGUGCUGCCAUGGUUAUAGAGAGCCUUCAGCUGCUGUACCAUCUUGCUUGUUUUCGGUGCUGUGUAUGCCAAGCACCACUGGGAAAUGGCCUGUGUGGGACAGACGUCCGCGUUCGCAAUACAAAGCUUCACUGCACGGACUGCUACAGCAAUGAUGAGGCGGGAGUGAAGCUGAGCAGGGUCUGAUGAUGGAGGUGAUCAAUGGUGAAGCGCCUCCCAUGGCACAAAUAUUUUUUCACGGCUGGUACAAGACCUGCAUCAACCGGUGCCGUGUCUUGGCUGCGGACCCUCCUAAGCAGCUGUUCAGCUGCACAGGCCUGUAGAAGAUCCAACAGUAAUCACGCAGUGUUUUUAUUCACUCAGCAUAUAUUUUGUACGUAGUAGAUACAGCCCAAGAAAUGGCAGCUGUUUUAUACAUGCAAUAAAAGCUCAUAGCCAAAGAGAA